AGAGGCGUUAGACCCGUCCCCAGCCCUACAGGAGAUGACCUUGAGACAGGCCGUGUGAAAUCUGCCAUGAGCACAAAACUCAAAAGUAAAGCAGAUUCCUCCCCCCACCAGACCCCUCUCCAGAACAUCACAGACCAGCGCUAAACCUACCAAUCAAACACCGCCUGCCACCACCGAGACAGCCAAUGAGGAGUCUCGAAGUCAAGCCGCCAGCAAGGCUGCAGACAUAGCUUAUGACGUCAGAAAUGAUGUCACAGAGGAGAAAGCGUCCAGCGUACGCUCCAAGAGCCCUGCCAAAGCAGCUGGAGACUCCAGGCCUGUGUCUGCUUCCUCCGCCCGCUCCACCGGGUCAAAGGUGAAAGUUGAGAAGGCCAGCGAUGCCCAUGAGGAGGAGAGUCCAAAUACAAGCGCCUCCGACUUCCUGCAAGUGAAAGGUCAAGGUCACAGAGUCAAAGCUCAGAGUGACACAGGCAGCGUUCGCUCUGUGAAGACGGUGAUAGAAAGAAAUUCCAGACCAAAGUCACCGCGAGCGAGAGACUCUGUCCCCCAGUCCCCCAGUCCCACCAUUCAAUUGGAGACGGCCAGCAUCAGUGACAGCCUCCUCUCUCAGUUCCUGUCAGCUGCUGACCUGCUCAAGGGGAACAUUGCCGCCUUGCGCCCCUCCAGCCCUGUAGGGUCAACGGUUAGCCUCACUGAGAGUGGACAGAGUCGGAGGAGCAGGAAACCCGAACAGGAAGAGGUAGAGUUAGAGGAGCUGGAUCCCCUCUGUCUGCCUAACACCUUGCCCAACGACGUUGUCAGUGAUUGGCUGAGAGGCAUACCUGCCGACGGCGGUAUGGAUAGCCCUGAAGAGGAGAUGAACAAGGGAAUUGAGGAGACAGAAGAAGGAGAGGAAGCCGUGGAGAAAGGAGGGGAAACAGAGGGACAGGGAGGAGAGGAGACUGAGGAGAAACAAGAACCGGUUGAGACCACCGUGCUGGAGCAGGAGAACACUGCUGAACCAGGACAAGAGGAAGAGGAACAGGAACAGGAGAACACGGCUGAACCAGGACAAGAGGAAGAGGAACAGGAGAACACGGCUGAACCGGGACAAGAGGAAGAGGAACAGGAACAGGAGAACACGGCUGAACCGGGACAACAGGAAGAGGAAGAGGAGAACACAGCUGAACCAGGACAACAGGAACAGGAAGAGGGAGAGGAAGUGAAGGAGGCUGCAGAGCACCCAGAGGAAGAGGAGGAGGUGAAAGAGGAAGAGGAAGAGAGGGGAGAGGAGGAGGGAGUAGCAGUGGAGCAAGAGAAGGAAGAAAAAGAAGAUGAGAGGGAGGAGGGAGGAGAAGAGGGGGGAGAGUGUGCUGCCUUCUGCCCUGACCCAGCCCCGUCCACCAAUGACAUCACUUCCUCUCGUCCUCGCCACCUGUUCCUCAGUAAAGAAUCAGAGCUGCCUCGGAGCUGCCACUCAUCUGUGGCAGUAAUGAAGGUUCUACUGAGCCCUACACUGGGCCGAUGCAGCUCCCUGCCUGAGAUAAGUCCAGUGUACGGACGCAGACUGAGCUCCUCUGCUAAAGGUCUGCUGGACUGUCUGGCCCAGCUGCAGCUCAUCGACCCGCCCUCUCUCCCAGCUGCAGCUCCAAGCCCUGACAGGGACCAGCGAUACCAAGAGGUCAUGGAUAUACUAGAGUCACUGUGGCUGUCUAAGCCCAACCCCGGGAAGGGGAAAGAGGGAGAGGCAGAGGGGAAGGAGAGGUUGAAAGACUCUGGUGUGGACCUGAGCAGUGGCUCAGCUGGGUCGGGGGGUUCUGGGAAAGGCAAACCAGAUGAAACCGCGGGUGACAUCACUCCCAUAGCAGAGGGAGAGGAAGAGGGAGGAGAGACAGAGGAAGGGGUGGGAGAGGCAGGAGAGACAGAGGAAGAAGAGGGAGAGACAGAGGAAGGAGAGGGAGAGACAGGGGGAGGAGAGGGGGAGGAAGGAGUAGGAGAGACAGGAGGAGAGGGAGAGACAGAGGGAGAGACAGAGGGAGGGGAAGGAGCAUCAGCAGAGCUGCUUUCAGACACGGCCACCCCAGACAUCGCCAGCCGAGUACAGAGCAGUCCAGGGGAGGAUGAGGCGAUCUCAGAGUCGCCCGCAGGGAGAGGUGAGAUGAUGCAGACUCCUGAGAGCCUCAAAGCCCCAAGGAGCCCAUCCUCUUCAAACAGCACGGCCUAUAAGUCCCCCACUGACAUAGAGAGAGACACCCCGGAGGACACCCCUAGCUCAGGGACACCUCCGUCAGUCCAGCGAGCGCUGCUCAGCAAACGUGUCUCCCAGGACCCUGACCCGGUCUGGGUUCUCAACCUGCUGAAGAAACUGGAGAAACAGUUUAUGACCCACUACGUCGACGCCAUGGCUGAGUUCAAGGUGCGUUGGGACCUAGACAACAAUGUGAUGUUGGACACUAUGAUCACUGAGCUGAGAGAUGAGGUGAAGAAGAGGAUCCAGACGAGCAUUGAUCGUGAGCUGAGGAAGAUCCGGGGGCGUGCUGGGCGGGGGGGCGUGCCGCGCCCCCCUAUCCUGUCCCGCGAUUCAACCGUUACAGACCAGAGGAGGCGGAGGCUAAAGGUCAUGAAGGUUCAGUCAGUGAACAAGAGUGACGAGGAGCAGGGUUCGGGGGCGGAUGUUAGUGACCAGCGCAGCGAGGGUGAGGAUGAGUACUGUCCCUGCGACGCCUGCAUACGGAAGAAGGCGGAUGUCCAACAAAUCAAAAUGGAAGCUGUGGUCGCCACAGCGCCGGUGAUGAUGGCGUUUGAUCUGCGGAAGAUCCUGCUGAUAAAGAAAGACCCAAAGCCUCUUGCGCCCUCUAGACCCACGGAGGGGUUGAACAAUGAUCGCCUGGAAUUGGAGGAGAAGAAAGAGGAAGAAGAGGGUGUGAAUCCAGAGGUGGUACACAAAGACGAGGAAGAGGAGGAGACCAAGGAGGAUAUUAUACCAACUGUUGUCAUAGAGGAAGCUAUCCCUGAGGAGGAAGAGGAAGAAGUGACUGAGGGAGAGGAGGAAGUACAGGAGAGUGAUGGAGCUGAGUCUGUGAUGGGGGAAGUAGAGGAGGAGAUAGAGACUGAAGAACAGGAGGAUGGAGCGGUGGAGGGAACAGAGGAGGAGGAGGAAGGAGAGAUGGGAGGUGAAAUUUCAGGAGAAGAUGGCGUGGACGCGGAGGAGACUGGAGAGGGGGAGGAGUUAGUAGAAGGGGAGGAGGAAGGAGAGAUGGGAGGUGAAAUUUCAGGAGAAGAUGGCGUGGACGCGGAGGAGACUGGAGAGGGGGAGGAGUUAGUAGAAGGGGAGGAGGAGGAAGGAGAGAUGGGAGGUGAAAUUUCAGGAGAAGAUGGCGUGGACGCGGAGGAGACUGGAGAGGGGGAGAAGUUAGUAGAAGGGGAGGAGGAAGGAGCAGGGAACGCUGAAGCAGUGCAGGAGGAUCAAGCGGGAGGAGAUGAAAACACUGUUGAUGGACCAGCAGAGGGGGAUGAGGUGGUGGAAGAGAUGGGAGAGGGGGAGGAGACGGGUGAGGAGGAGGGAGAGGGGGAGGGGGAGGAGGGAGUAGAGACAGGAGAGGGAACAGCUGAGGAGGAUGAAACAGGAGGAGAGGAGGCAGACGAGAACAAUGUGGUGUCUGAAUUCAAGGUGGAAGAAGAGGAGGAGGAAGAGAAUGAAAACACAGCAGGAGAGACAAGUGGAGAGGAGGAGGGAGAGACGGGAGAAGAAGGAGAGACUCCUGAGGAAGGCACAGAGGUCAAUGUGGGGGUGGAGGAUGCUGUGGAGGAGUUGAAUCCUGAAGAAGAGAAUGAAGAGGUGAAAGAGGGAAACAGAGAAAUCCCCCUGAUAAGCCAGAUGACCAGAACCUCUGUGGAGUCCCAGCCAGGAUCUAUGGAGAACACAGUUUCACCAAUGCUCUCUUUAACACCCAUUGAGACCAAGGAAACCGGCUCUGAUGGACACAAGAUGGCGUCUGCAGGUGAGGGGUCUGGGGGGAAAGGCCAGAGGAGGAGCCGAUCUCCAGCCAGAGCCAAACGCAGGAAACCCAAAGAGAGCGAUAUAGAACUAGAUGAUCUAGAAAUGUAACCCUCAAAGGACAUAGUAAUGAUCUAUGACGUCCAGUUCUAUCACAGAAGAUAGAACUGGACGUUCUAGAUCUGCAAGCAUCACAGUCACAUAAAGCACUUUAUAAUCCCCUCUCUAGGUUAAAAAUAUCUAUACCGGAGGUAUUGCACAGGUGAAGGUAGAUUCUGCCAAGUCAGAGUGGCAUGUACUUGUUAUUGUUAUGGAAGGGCAUAACUGAAACGAUCAUAAUAUUACGAACCAUAAGAUGUCAUGUGAAAAUUAUAUUUGUAUAUUUCUAGAAACCAAUUAUAUUUAUGUCUGAUUUUAUUUUCCUGGAGGGAUAUAUAUAUACUCUACUGUAUAGAGGUGUGUAUAUACUCUACUGUAUAGAGGGGUGUAUAUUCUCUACUGUAUAGAGGGGUGUAUAUUCUCUACUGUAUAGAGGGGUGUAUAUUCUCUACUGUAUAGAGGGGUGUAUAUUCUCUACUGUAUAGAGGUGUGUAUAUUCUCUACUGUCUGGAGGUGUGUAUAUACUCUACUGUAUAGAGGGGUGUAUAUUCUCUACUGUAUAGAGGGGUGUAUAUUCUCUACUGUCUGGAGGUGUGUAUAUACUCUACUGUAUAGAGGGGUGUAUAUUCUCUACUGUAUAGAGGGGUGUAUAUUCUCUACUGUAUAGAGGGGUGUAUAUACUCUACUGUAUAGAGGUGUGUAUAUUCUCUACUGUCUGGAGGUGUGUAUAUACUCUACUGUAUAGAGGGGUGUAUAUUCUCUACUGUAUAGAGGGGUGUAUAUUCUCUACUGUAUAGAGGGGUGUAUAUUCUCUACUGUAUAGAGGGGUGUAUAUUCUCUACUGUAUA